UUCUUCAAAGAGGACGAUAAAAAUACAAUACAAUAUUUUUUGAACAAUUUUCUUUGUCUCUUUUUGCAGGUGCAAAAACGCGACUAUAGAAGGACGCAGGUACCAUAGUAUCCCAGCUGCUACAUCUACAAUUUUUCCAUUUCGCAUUUACUCGUCAGUGAAAGGUUGCGACGAAAUAAAAUAAUAUUACAAGUAAGUAUUAAAUUGAUAUAGUAUUGAAACGUUUAUAAUAAUCAUUAAAAAUAAGAUUCAGUACACGUAUAAUUGCAUCUGUUUAUUUGGCAGCAUUCAGAAUUCAAGGAUCAAUAAGAAAUGUUUAAUAGCAGUUGUUCAUCCUCAUACAUUGAAACAACAUACAGCCAGGAUAUGAGAAUAGAAGAAGAACUCAAGGCUCUUCGUGAAGAAGAACAAAUAGCCAACGCAGAAAAACAACAACGACGCGAAGAAUACUUCAAUGAAGUUUUUAUGAAAAAAGCACAUACAGUUUUUGAUCUCAAAGGACUCUAUUUCCUAUACUUCAACCACAUAAAGAUAAAAUUUUAUUUCCAACCCUCAAAGUUUACUAAAUAUGUUAGGAAAGAUCUCAAAUUCUAUUGCAAAAUGGUGUACCAAACGAAAUACGAGUGGUGGUACAUAAAAAGAGAUUCUUUUCCAGUGAAUUGUAAGAGUAUAAUUUACUCAGGACUUUCAAAAACUAUAGUUGAGGAUACCGAACUUUUCGAUGUAAUCAAUGAUAUAUAUAAAUGUUUACUAAUAUGGACACAAAGUGAAGAAGAAUUUCGCCUAGACAAACGACAGAGACUACUAAGAGGCGAGUUAGAUGAAUUGGUAGAUCUCGAUUCCGAUGACUGCGAUUUAAUUUUAACCAAACAAGAAAAGAAACGUUUAAAUGCAAAACGCCGAGCUAUACUAAAGAGAAUGAUUCCACCGAAAAGAUACCCCACCAGAAAUGCAGAUAUUGACUAAAAAUAAUUAUUGUUGGUUUAUAUACAUAUUUAUAUUUGAUGUGAUAUUUA